AUAUGGUGGUGAUAUUUAUUUUUAAGCGGGAUGAUAAUAGUUUUACUUCUUACAAUAUUUUGUACAUUUAAUGUAAAGGAUUCAACAACGGGAGCGGAGCUAAAAGUGGUCGGAGGCAGGCAGGCUAAAAAGGGCGAAUAUCCGUUCUUGGUGAGUCUUCAGUGGAAGACGCACGGUCACUUCUGCGGAGGGAAUUUGAUCUCGUUCGAUAGGAUCUUGACGGCAUGCCACUGCAUGUGCUCGUUCAGGACCGGGCUGCCUUUCAUGUUUCUGGUGAGGGACAUCAUCGCCGUGGCGGGAGUGGAAAAUUACAACAGCGAGGGACGCCAGGUCAUGCAAAUUUACAAGUCGGAACGGCACAUCCACUGCGGCCUGGGCAAAGGAGGCGGAUGGACGUUCGACUACGGGAUUUACACCCUGAGCCGUCCGUUCAGCCGUUACUACCAGGGCAAUACCGUCAGCACGAUCCCCGUUUACUCGUGGAACCCGGUCGAAUUGAGGACGAAGAUCAAAGAGAUGAUCAACAAAUCGGUCGUCUGCCAAGGGGCCGGGUGGGGUUACAAGACGGUCGAGUUCGACAAAGAGGCGGACGAUUUUGUUUAUAAGGACCCGUCGGAAACGUUAAAAUCAAUCGAUGUCACGCUGUGGUCGCUGUCGACCUGCCAGACGGAGUUGUGCAAACAGCCAGUCAUGAGGUGUCUACCUGAGGGCGAAUUGGGUAGGCGAAAUCAGGUUUGUGGCAAAGCUCCAGACAAAGAGGACGUCUGCGAAGGCGAUUCCGGUGGUCCUUUGGUCUGCAAUGGUUACGUGAUCGGGAUCUUGUCCUGGGGACCCGCCUGCGGCCAGCAUCCCUAUCCUUCCAUGUACGGAUCUAUAGAAGAAGCGUAUAAUCUUGAAAUGUUCGCAUCGUCAGAAUAUAUCCAAGCGUCCAUCACCUUACUCGCCGUGUCCGUUUUUAUCCAUAUAAAAAACUAUUUAAUAUAAAGCUCUCAUGAUGUUUUUUAAACUUUUAAAUUCAUUUUUAAAAUCAUAUGAGCCAAUCUGGUUGUGCGGGUCGAUUAAGAGGAAAAGAUGUUGAAGAUCGAAGAGGUGAACCUGCUAGAA